AUGGAUGCACUAAAAACAUUAUCAUCACUUCACUGCGAAUUGAGGAUCAAGAAUGCUACAAACAUCCAACCUCCCCACUCCAAUGGAUACUUGUUUGUUAGAUGCUAUCUUUCGGCUGGAAAUAACAAAAGGGUGCGAUUAGAUAGCCGACUAGUGUCUCCUAAUGAAGACUUCUCUUGGGACGAAUCCUUCUCCUUGGAUUGUAUAGGGACAAAUCAGUCCAUGGACAUGAUCAUCCAUGGAACCAUUGCCUUAGAGCUUCGUUGGAGGAGUAAUACAGUCGCCUUGUUUGGAGGGUCACGACUCCUGGGAAGAUCAGAGGUGUCAUGGAGAGGUGUUUUUGAGUCGCCAAACAUGGAAUUGGAGACAUGGGUGAUGAUGAAAUCAAAGAAAAACGUCAUCAAAUCACCAUGUGUUCGUAUCGCUAUGAAGAUUGAAGUGCCAUCUGGAGUAGAUUUGGUAGAAAGGAAGAGGAAGAACAGAUGGGAUGAAAGUUGUGGGGGCUGCCAUGGUGAUUGUUGCAGCAACAAUACAUGCUUUGAUAGUGAGCUUUUUGCCAUAGGUGCUGCCUUGGAUGCUUUCUAA